UUUUCAACCCGCAUUUCAUCCUUGAUGCAUAAACCUUGUUCAUCUUCGUAACACAAAAAAACCAGUGCAGCCUUGCCGCUGCCCCAUUACCCUUUUUGUAUAAGUUGCUAUCAGUCGCACUGAGCUCGAUUGGAUCGCCGUAUCAAGGAACACAGUGAAAAACGUUGACAUAAAGCAAAAAUGGUGCAAUACAAUUUCAAGAAGAUCACUGUGGUACCAAAUGGGAAAGAUUUUGUUGACAUCAUUCUCUCACGUACACAACGUCAAACACCAACUGUUGUCCACAAAGGGUAUGCAAUUUCACGUCUUCGACAAUUCUAUAUGCGAAAAGUCAAGUACACCCAGACAAAUUUUCACGAAAAGCUUUCAACCAUAAUCGAUGAGUUUCCUCGUCUUGGGGACAUUCAUCCUUUUUAUGGUGAUCUGCUUCAUGUGCUCUAUAACAAGGAUCAUUACAAGCUUGCACUUGGUCAGAUUAAUACUGCUAGGAAUCUUAUUGGUAAGAUUGCUAAAGAUUAUGUUAAGUUGCUCAAGUAUGGUGAUUCGUUGUAUCGUUGUAAGUGCUUGAAGGUUGCUGCUCUUGGGAGGAUGUGUACUGUGCUUAAGAGGAUUGGGCCGAGUUUGGCGUAUUUGGAACAGGUUAGGCAGCAUAUGGCUAGGCUUCCUUCAAUUGAUCCCAAUACCAGGACUAUUUUGAUUUGUGGGUAUCCUAAUGUGGGGAAGAGUUCCUUUAUCAACAAGAUUACUAGGGCUGAUGUUGAAGUUCAGCCGUAUGCGUUUACCACGAAGUCGCUGUUUGUGGGUCAUACGGAUUACAAGUAUUUGAGGUAUCAAGUCAUUGAUACACCUGGGAUUUUGGAUAGGCCGUUUGAGGAUCGGAAUAUUAUUGAGAUGUGCAGUAUUACUGCUCUUGCGCAUUUGAGAGCGGCAAUAUUGUUCUUCUUGGAUAUAUCAGGAUCUUGUGGGUAUACUAUUGCUCAGCAGGCGGCUUUGUUUCAGAGUAUUAAGUCUCUGUUCUUGAACAAGCCUUUGAUUGUUGUGUGCAACAAGACUGAUUUGCAGCCGUUGGAUGGAUUAUCUGAGGAGGAUAUGAAGUUGGUGAAUGAAAUGAAAGCUGAAGCGUUGAAGACUUCAAUUGGUCAUGGAGGCGAGGGGACAGAUGCUGAUGUGUUGUUGACCAUGAGUGCGUUGACUGAAGAAGGUGUGAUUGCGGUGAAAAAUGCUGCCUGUGAGAGAUUGCUGAACCAGAGGGUUGAGAUUAAGAUGAAGUCUAAGAAAAUCAAUGACUGUCUGAACAGGUUUCAUGUUGCAGUUCCGAAACCACGUGACCAGAAGGAAAGGCCUCUGUGUAUUCCCCCGGCAGUUUUGGAAGCUAAAGCUAAGCAAGCAGCUGCCGAGGAGAAGAGAAAAACUGAGAAGGAUCUGGAGGAAGAAAAUGGAGGUGCUGGUGUAUACUCCAUGAAUUUGAGAAAGCAUUAUAUUCUGGCUGAUGAUGAAUGGAAAGAAGAUAAUCUGCCAGAAAUUUUGGAUGGUCACAAUGUGUAUGAUUUCAUUGACCCUGACAUUCUACAUAGGGUGGAAGAGUUGGAAAGAGAGGAAGGGUUGAGGCAGGCAGAAGCGGAUGAUGACGAUUUUGAGAUAGAUGGAACUGAAUUGACACUGGAACAGCAAGAGGCUCUAGCUGAGAUUAGGAGGAAGAAAAGUAUUCUAAUCCAACAACAUCGGAUUAAAAAGAGCACUGCUGAGAGCCGACCAACUGUUUCAAGGAAAUUCGACAAGGACAGGCAGUUUACAACAGAAAGAAUGGGAAGGCAGCUGUCGUCUCUUGGGCUUGAUCCUUCUAUGGCUAUUAACAGAAUGCGCAGCAGAUCUGCAUCUAGGAAAGGUCGGAAGAGGGAGAGAUCACCAGAAGGAAGAAACGAUGGGAUGGAUAUUGAUGACGACACACCUAGCAAGAAACAGCGUCUCAGUAGAUCACUGUCUCGUUCCAGGUCGGUCUCCCGCCCACCACAUGAAGUCGUUCCCGGAGAAGGCCUUAGGGAUUCUGCUCAAAAGAUCAAAGCAAUCAAACUUGCGAAGGGAUCAUCCAAGAAGAGAAACAAGAAUGCCAAGCGGGGAGAAGCUGAUAGAGUCAUCGUUAACCUUAAACCGAAGCACUUGUAUGCUGGAAAGCGCUCCAACGGAAAGACAGACAGGCGCUAAAAUAGGCAAUGAUGAUGGCUUUGUGGGUGUCAAGAAUUUUGUUCUAUCAUAUUAUUUAUGUUCUCCUGGAGUUAAAUGCAUGGUGCUUGCUGCAGAGAAGUUUUUGUUAUACACUUAUGCCUUUUAUAUUAUUAUUUAUUAAUGUUUCUUUAGUUAGUUCAAUUUUGGAUGCACUUUAUGAAUUAUGGGAGCUUCUGUUUGAAUUUGAGUUGUUUAUGUACUUUGAAAUAUUUGAGUAUUUGUUUCACAUUUUGCAACUGUACUUGUGGUUAUUCGAAGUUUGUUGUUUUGUUUCAACUGUGAUGACCUGUCCUUGGACCCAAAUGGGUAAAUUGGAGGAUGUUUCUGUUUCUUUCA